GCUGUUGUGCACCACGGGUUAUUAGUGUGCACGUUGGAAACUGACAGUUCUCGGCUUCCGUAGUGAGGCUUCCUUCGCUGUGUAUUGUGGGAGUUGAAGUUUCAGGCUGUGACCUCAGAAUUUGCCGGUAAAUGGAGUUUCUUAAAAAAUUCUACAAUGAAGCGUUUCUCAGUUGUUGCCUUAUGGAGGAUCCAUGUGUCUGCUCUCCAUACAUGCCCCCCCAGGUAUAUUCUGCAGAGACUGUGUACUAAGCCUUUUACAGAGCAGCUUUCUGUCGGGUCACAGCACCGUGUGAAUACAUUUCCAUUUACAAGCCUUUAUGGACUUCACUUCAGACGAUCCUGUUCUCAGGGCUUUGGUGCAUUAUGGCAAAACAAAACAUUACAGAACUACCUCCAGUCAUUGAUGUCAGAACACAGGGAGCUAAGUCAGGCAUUAAAUCUUACCUUAAAAGAAGAGGAGCGCAAGGCUCUAACCUCAUGGCAUACUGAGUUAUCAUCACUUCAUGUCCUCCUCCAUAAUAUACAGGAGGCAGAAAAUGAAGUCAGAGAAUUGGAAGCCAUAUUUGCGGACCUAAACUCCAAGGAGGAAGAAGAGUUACUGCUGGAAGAAAAGAAUUCUAUGAUCCAAAACAUUAAUAGUUUAAAGGAAGAGCUUUUACGUUCUCUUGUGCCCCAGGAAAAAUAUGACCUGAACGAUGCUGUAUUGGAGGUUGUGUCCGGAAGAACUACUGGAGGUGACAUUUGUCAACAGUUUACUGCUGAGGUGUUUGACAUGUACAGGAAUUAUGCCCAGUACAAGUCUUGGUCAUUUGAAAUUCUGAAUUACACACCAAAUGAUUCUGGAGGUUUACACCAUGCAGCUGCACGCGUUAUAGGUGAUGGUGCGUACAGGCGCUUGAAAUAUGAAGGAGGAAUUCAUAGGGUUCAGAGGAUUCCUGAGGUGGGCUUGUCCUCUAGGAUGCAGAGGAUUCACACAGGGACCAUGACUGUCAUUGUACUUCCACAGCCUGAUGAGGUUGAUGUUAAAAUUGACCCAAAAGAUUUAAGAAUUGAUACAUUUAAAGCAAAAGGGGCUGGUGGACAACAUGUCAAUACAACAGACAGUGCAGUGAGGAUUGUACAUAUUCCUACAGGAAUAUCAGUUGAAUGCCAACAGGAGCGCUCUCAAAUUCAAAACAGAGAUAAAGCCAUGAAGAUGCUGAGAGCAAAACUUCAUGAACAGAAUGUAAAGAAGGAAUUGUCCCUGAGACAAAGUUCCAGGAAAUUACAGGUUGGAACAAGAGAUCAGUCUGAUCGGAUUCGCACUUACAACUUUACUCAGGACAGACUAACAGACCACAGGAUAUCGUAUGAGAUCCGUAACCUAAGGGAAUUCUUAAGUGGAGAGGAACUAUUGGAUGAGCUAAUUGAUAAAAUACAGGCUGCAGCUGAUACAGAGGCUUUACUUGAGGUCAUAAAAAGACAUUCUUCACGGGGGACGAAUGUUUGACUCCUGUUUAGUAAGAACAAAAAGACCAGAAUGCACAAAAUCACCUUUUGUUGCUUUAGUAAAUGUGGAUCUGCAUUUAUUUGAUUCAUGUAUAUGGUGCAGUGUACUAUUAAAAUUGUUUUUUUAUUUUAUUUUAAUAUCACAUCUUCUCAUAUUUGCAUAGCUUUCUCUCCCCAAGCAAUAUCUUACAUUUAAUACUUGGAUAGUUCCUAUCUAACAAUAAUCCUGCUAAGC